GACUGCGAUGGGACGGAAGCCAUGAAUGGUGCUGCCUCGGGCCCUGCCGCCGCCGCCGCCGCAGCCCCGGUCCCGGACUGGCGGCAGUUCUGCGAGCUGCAUGCGCAGGCGGCCGCCGUGGACUUCGCGCACAAGUUCUGCCGCUUCCUGCGGGACAACCCGGCGUACGACACACCGGACGCCGGGGCCUCCUUCUCCCGCCACUUCGCCACCAACUUCCUGGACGUCUUCAGUGAGGAGGUGCGCCGCAUGCUGGUGGCUGGGGUGGCCGAUCCCUCUGACGCCAUGGAUCCCGAGCCGGCGGCACUCAAGGCGGCGUCCUGCGGCCACUCGCGGAGUUCCGAGGACGUGUCCGUUCAAGCAGUAGCUAAGGCCCGCGUCCGCAAGGGCUUUUCACUGCGCAACAUGAGCCUCUGCGUGGUAGACGGCAUGCGUGACAUAUGGCACCGGCGCGCCUCUCCUGAGCCUGACGCCACCCCACGUGCCACCGAGCCCCCGGCAGAGCCACGCGACAAAUGGACUCGGCGCUUGCGGCUGUCACGGACGCUGGCGGCCAAGGUGGAGCUGGUGGACAUCCAGCGCGAGGGUGCGCUGCGCUUCAUGGUGGCGGACGAUGCGGCCACCGGCCCCGGGGGCACCGCCCAGUGGCAGAAAUGCCGCCUGCUCCUGCGCAGGGCCGUGGCAGGCGAGCGCUUCCGCCUAGAGUUCUUCGUGCCGCCCAAGGCCUCAAGGCCCAGGGUCAGCAUCCCCCUCUCGGCCAUCAUCGAGGUCCGCACCACCAUGCCCCUGGAGAUGCCGGAGAAGGACAACACGUUUGUGCUCAAGGUGGAGAAUGGAGCAGAGUACAUCCUGGAGACCAUCGACUCACUGCAGAAGCACUCGUGGGUAGCCGACAUCCAGGGCUGCGUGGACCCCGGGGACAGCGAGGAAGACCCAGAGCUCUCCUGCGCUCGGGGGGGCUGUCUGGCCAGCCGCGUGGCCUCCUGCAGCUGCGAGCUCCUCACGGAGGCAGUGGACCUACCCCGACCCUCAGAGACAGCGGCAGCCGUGGUGACAGCCCCACACAGCCGAGCUCGAGAUGCCAUCAGCGAGUCCCUGGUCCACGUCCCACUGGAGACCUUCCUGGAGACCCUGGAAUCCCCAGGCGGCAGUGGCGGUGACAGCAAUGACACAGGGGAGGAGGGGGCAGAGCCUGAGACCGAAGCGGCACCUGAGCUGGAGCUCUCUGACUACCCCUGGUUCCACGGGACGCUGUCAAGGGUCAAGGCAGCGCAGCUGGUGCUGGCGGGCGGGGCCCGGAGCCAUGGCCUCUUCGUGAUCCGCCAGAGUGAGACUCGGCCUGGGGAGUAUGUGCUGACUUUCAACUUCCAAGGCAAGGCCAAGCACCUGCGCCUGUCCCUGAAUGGCCACGGGCAGUGCCACGUUCAGCACCUGUGGUUCCAGUCGGUGCUUGACAUGCUGCGCCACUUCCACACCCACCCCAUUCCACUGGAGUCAGGAGGCUCCGCAGACAUCACCCUACGCAGCUACGUGCGGGCCCAGGGCCCCCCACCUGAGCCGGGGCCCUCGCCCAGCGCGGUGCCCGCGGUGCCCGCGCCCGCCGCCUGCUGGAGCGAGCCGGCCGGCCAGCAUUACUUCGCCAGCCUCUCCGCCGCCUGCCCGCCCGCCUCGCCCUCGGAGGCCGGCGGCGCCUCGUCCUCCUCCGCCUCGUCGUCCUCGGCUGCCUCCCUGCCCACUGCCCCGCGCGCCGCCAUCGAAGGCCCGCCGAGCGCGCGCAGCCGCAGCAACAGCGCCGAGCGGCUGCUGGAGGCGGCGAGCGCUGCCGACGAGCCCACUGAUGCCGUGCCCGGCGAGGGACCGCGUGGCCGCACGCGCGCGGUGGAGAACCAGUACUCCUUCUACUAG